CCUAUUAAUACUUUUUCGUAGUUAAAACUUUCACAAUUAUUUUGAAGGUAUAACUGAUAGAUAUAAUCAUUAUAUGAUAUCUAUUAUUUUUGUAUUAGUUUAAUAAUAAUGGCAGAAAUUGAAUGGCCUUGGCAAUAUAGUUUUCCCCCAUUUUUCACUCUCCAACCUCAUUCAGAUACUAGAGCUAAACAAUUAGUAGCAUGGAAAAGUUUAAUACUAGAAUAUUAUCGUAUCACAAAACAAGCCAUUGUAGAUGUAAGAGAAGUGCAUUCAAGUCCAUUAUUUAACAAUACUGCAAUUAAUCGAAAGUUAUCAUCAGAGGCCAUCUUAUUAAUAUUAGAAGAAUUAGCAAAAUCAGGAAAUGCAAGUCCAUUGGAUAAAACAAGACAAAGAUGGCUAAUUUAUUGGCAUACUUUGGAAGAAUGGGGUGAAAUUAUUUAUAAUUGGGCACAGGAGAAUGGUUUUAUUGGUUCUGUAUGUACUUUAUUUGAGUUAACACAAGGAGAAGACACAAUAAAUCAGGAAUUUUAUGGACUUGAUACAGAAGUACUAAUCAGAGCACUUAAAACAUUGGAAUCAAAUAAAAAAGCAGAGUUAAUUUUGUUUGAUGAUAAUCAAGGUGUUAAGUUCUUUUAGACAGUAGAUAUUAUUAGAAUACUCACAGAAGCCAAUCUACCGCAACAAUGAGUGUUACAUCUUCAGCAGGCAGAC